AUGGCGUCGUCUCGCAGUUCCAUGAACUGGAAUCAAGAAACUAAAGCCAGGCUCAAUGAGAAAAUCACAGCUAAUGUCAACGAUCUAGGUUCAUUAGUGCGACAGUUCGUCAGAGGUUCCAAAUCUAACGAGCUACUUGCCCAGGCUGCUAAGAACUUUGCAUCCCAGGAAUCAUGCGUCUACAACUCACACGAGACAAUGAGAAAGAUGGAUUUGAUUCGCUCACAGCUUGAGUUUCAACAGUCAGCAAUAGCCAGAAGUCUAAACUCUUUGGAUGAGGUGCAGGAUCAAAUUGCAUUAAUAGGUCGUUGA